GAGAGAGAGAGAGAAAGAGAGAGAGAGCGAGGUGAUGCUGAUCGUCAUACAGCGCAGAUGAGGAUGCUAUCGAUCACAUCCUUCCAAUUUCCCGGCCAUGCACGCACGUGCGCAAACCCCCACCUCCCUCCUUAAACGCCGACGAUGAGGUCCUGUUUGGAAAAGUUUCCGAUGCAGAACUCCGCACCAGCGCAGUCCGGGAUGGUGAGCCACUGUCAGCCGACGUUCGGCGACUUCAGAGCGGACACGUGGGCGCGGCGUGCCGGAGCCACCGGCUUCGGAGGAGGUUACGUUUACCACCACCACCACCACCACCAGCAGCAGCAGCAGCAGCACCAGGAGCACACCAACGCCAAGCGGCCGGCCGACGGCGCCGCCGCGCCGGGCGUAAAAGCGCAUGUGGCCGCCAAAGCUCCGCGCUCCUGUUUCACUUUCCCACCGCUACAAGGUAACAGUGGCUACUGCUUAGAGAAAAAUGGCGACGCUGAGCUGGGGGGCACCAUGAUGCCAUGUGGGCAGAGUUUGCCGCUGCCUUUGGGAGGUCACCCGGGGGGGCUUUACCCGCAGAGCCUCCAGUGCGACAGCCCUGCGCCCGAUCUCCUUCUGCAGGACAGCCCUCACCAGGAUGCCAGAUCAUGCACUUUUCAGAGGAGCCUACCUGGGGCCUCGCCGGGCCUGGGCUGCGGCGGUGCCAGCAGGCCUCCGUCGGCUCUACCGUAUUUGGUCAAAGAAGAGGACGCCAUGGGCUAUACCGUUUCGAGCACGAUGCCCGGUGUCCAGGCUGCGUUUCACAACUCGAGGGCCGGGAUGGUUUUGAGGGCGUCGAGGGACGAGAUGGCGCACGUCGGCAACAACGGCGGCGAUAGCAUGUGCAUAGUGAGCGACGCUGCACCGGGGGAUGCGUCGCAACCCUUUAAUAAUGAAGACGGCUCCUCCCCGUCGGCUUUGUCCCCAGCGAGCUCCCGUCAUUCGGCGCGUCUGCUGUGCGCCGGCAGUCUGAAGAGACGUCGCCUUUCGCCGGUCUCGCAGUCCGCCAUCCAAACCGGCAGCGUCGCCGUCGCGGAUUCUCCAUCUGUGACCAGAACCGGCUCCGAGGAGAUCAACAUCACCGCCAUCAUCUGCGCUUCCACGCAGAUGUCAAUGCUGGCUUGCGUCAACGGCUUCCGCGCUAACCUCUCGCCCAGCCACGCUAGCAGUGGCAGAUUCUCUUCCCCCUCCUCCUCUUCCUCCUCAACAUCCCCACCGACUAUCCCCUGCCCUCGGGAAGCCCCCCACAAACUCCCGCAGCACCAAAGCCCUCAGCGGGCCUCGCUGCAGGAGAGCUGUCAGCUAUCAAACUCACCUGCCACCUGCCUGCUGUCCCUAUCCUCCUCUUGCUCCUCAUCCUCUUCUUCUGUGUCUUCAGCGGAUCCGGAGCAAGGCCAAGGGUCGUGCGAGGAGCAGGGCUCCAUGCAGCUGGGCCGUGGGUCUGGAGCAGCCCCCCUGGGAAAUGCAGGAGGAGGCGGAGGGGGCUCGGAUGGGUUGGGGUUAUUCAUGCUAAUGUCGGGGACGCUACAAACGGCGGCUGAAACCGGGGUUGUACUGGACAGGAGUCAAAGACUGGGGGCUGAAACUGGGACUCUACUGGACAGGAGCCAAAGAUCGGGGGCUGAAACCGGGACUCUACUGGACAGGAACCAAAGAUCGGGGGCGGAAAACGGGGCUCUGCUGGACAUGAGCCAAAGGUCGGCGGCCGCACUCAAACAAGAACCCUUAGAUGACUUCACCCCCAGUGAUGACGAACUUUUGCAACACCGCUACCACCAUCACUUAAGUGGCCGCAAUGGGCACUUUCGUCACCUUCAUCAGCAUUCCCGCUCUGCCAUGCCACCGCCUUACCACCUGCACCAAUAUGCGGGGGGCGGCCUUCUGAAUAGUCAUACCCAUCAAUCGCCACCAGGCUCAUCCCUGGGACUCAAGUCGUCGUCGUCGUCGUCCGGGGGCCCUCCCGGGUCCCACGCGGGCCCGGAAAGCGAGGAAACCGCUGGAACGCAGGCCGAUAAGCAGUCGUGUCGCUGGAUUGACUGCAGUGCUGCCUAUGAGCAACAGGAGGAGCUUGUGAGGCACAUUGAGAAGGUCCACAUCGACCAGCGCAAAGGCGAGGACUUCACCUGCUUCUGGGCCGGCUGCAUUCGGCGCUACAAGCCCUUCAACGCUCGCUACAAGCUGCUCAUCCACAUGAGAGUUCACUCUGGGGAGAAACCCAACAAGUGUAUGUUCGAGGGAUGCAACAAAGCGUUUUCGCGUCUGGAGAACUUGAAGAUCCACCUGAGGAGCCACACGGGGGAGAAGCCGUACCUGUGCCAGCACCCCGGCUGCCAGAAAGCUUUCAGCAACUCCAGCGACCGCGCCAAGCACCAGCGCACUCACCUGGACACGAAACCAUACGCGUGUCAGAUCCCCGGUUGCACCAAGCGAUACACCGACCCCAGCUCCUUGCGCAAGCACGUCAAGAUCCACUCGGCCAAAGAGCAACAGGUGCGUAGAAAGCUGCGUCCGUGUCCUCACCUGGAGCAGGACGUGCUGAGCGACUGCGUGUCCGUGGCGCACCUGCAGACCUCGGCUCAGACGCAGCAACUGUACGGCAACAAGGAAGGCUGCGCUCCGGGGCUGAGCCAAGACGUGUUCGCAGGCUUGUACGCCGUCUCCGGCGCCCACCACCACCGCGGCGCCUCGGCCGAGCUCCUCUCCCCCGCCGCUAAUCCCGCCGCCGCCGCUGACCUGCCCUCCCGACAGCACUGCCUGGACCCGGACCUCAACAGCCCGCGUCACCUGUCGCCCAUGGCCGCCAUGGAGGGCACCAUAGACGGGGUGUCAGGUCCGCUCCUCUCUCCGGGGAUGAAGGGAACCGGCACCCCCCCGCCUCCUCCUCCUCCUCCUCCUCCUCCGCCUCCUCCCCCCGCGUUGGACAAGCAUCACGUCCAAGCUCAGCACAAGCCCUUCUCUCACUAUCACCACCAGCAGACUCCGAAUAACGAAUUUCAAGGUAGCUUCCAGAGCUGCUUCCACUUCGCAGACUCCUACCGGAUGGAGCAGACGGUGAGCGGCGGAGAUUGUCACGCCUACGCUUCCCAUCAGCACAAUGGCUUCCACAUGGCCACCAGCGACUCUCUGGGCUCCGCAGGUGAGGCAUCCCAUAAUGCUCCCAUUGAGGCCAAGGUGACCGUUCCACCUGUAACAUGGUUGCGUGUGCCGUGUAUGUAUCUUCCAGGCUUCAAUUUGAGCCAGGAGCUUCAAGGCGGCCCGGGGUGCCAGUUCUCCUCCAGUCCAGAGGAGGGCGCCUUCUUCCAGGCGGGCAGCUUCGAGCGCGGCCUUAGCCACAUGUCGUCAGUGUACACAGAGUCGUAGACACGGAUGUCAGAUUUUGAACUUUUCACCAAGGCGUCACACUUACAGUACUUGCGGGGGGCAGAAGUCGGAGCUUUCCGCUGCUAAACAAACUUUUCUGUGUCAUUUGAACGAGACGCAGCUAUCGAGAAAACAGGAAAUUGCUUGAAUGAUGAUUUGAGCCUUCUUCUCUACUGCCGUUGUUUGAAUGUGUGACGUGUCAGUCAGACAAAUGAUGUUACGUGAUGUGACGUUGACCGUAAUUUACAUUUUAACAGGUAAAUUGAUUAAAAAAAUAGAUGUGCUGGAAAUUCAGACAUGCAGUGGUGCCUUGUGAUAAGGUUUACGAGUUUAAGUGAACUGUCAAACUAAACAUAAGACAGAGAAUUGCGUAUUUAUUACAAGCACAUAGCUAUAGUACAGAUUGGAGGAACACGUAGACAGAAAAUUGAACAAUACAGGCAUAUAUUUUUGAUCCUCAGCAAACAACGGCUUCUACUAUUGCAGCUUAUGAGCUUAUGUAUAUCCGUAUGUCUGUAUUAUACUGGACGACUGGUGAGAGCGUCUGCCUCACAGUUCUGAGGACCGGGGUUCAAUCCCCGGCCCCGCCUGUGUGGAGUUUGCAUGUUCUCCCCGUGCCUGCGUGGGUUUUCUCCGGGCACUCGGGUUUCCUCCCACAUCUCCCAAAACAUGCAUGAUAGGCUCAUUGAAAACUCUCAAUUGCCCGUAGGUGUGAAUGUGAGCGCGAAUGGUAGUUUUGUUUCUAUCUGCCCUGCAAUUGGCUGGCGACCAGUUCGAGGUGUACCCCGCCUCUCGCCCGAAGAUAGCUGGGAUGGGCUCCAGCACGCCCGCAACCCAAGUGAGGAGAAAGCACCCGGAAGUACCCUGGCGCCUUUACAAACAAUAUCAAAAGGUCUACACAUGGACACUGCCUUGAACGUUGAAUGGUACGUCGCCGGCCCGGCCAUAUUGGAUGUGGAAAAGUGGAGCGAUGGGUGAAGAUGCCUUAUUCAUUUGCUGCUGAGAGACUAAGCCAGAUCUCAUGGGAAAAAGACUAAACAAAGACUUUGGAUUAUACAGUGUACAGACCCACCCGCAAUAGGCGAAAAUCUGCAAUAUAGAAAGACCAUUACAAAAUCCCAUCCACGCUUCAUACAUUUAAACUUAUUAAAACACAUUGUAAACAUUUGAACAUAAAAAUUGCAAGCAUAAAAUGUGUAGAAAAUACUGUACAUAUUGUUGCGUUUGUGUACAUGCAUGUGCCUUUAAGAGGCGGAGCCUGGAUGGGUGGCACGUGACGUUAGGCGAGUCUGCGUGCGAGUGUCUGGGCGUGAGCUGUGGCCGACAGCAGCUCCCGUGUGAGUGUGCUUGUUGUGUUAAUGUGUUUUACUGUUCUGCCCGUGUUCAAUAAAUGGCUGAA